UGUUCAGUAUCGAUAUAAGUAUUCAACUGUAAUAUUUAUUUCUAAAAAGAAGAUUUGCCCUUAGGACGUAGAAGCAAUCUGUUCGAGUGUAAAUUUGAAAAAAAAAAGAAUUAAAAUGAAUCGCAGUCGCAGGAACGUGGUUAAUAAACAAUUUGUUUCGGGUGGCGUUUAUCGCACAAAUUGAAAAUGUGUGUCUCAAACCAAUUGUGAAUUUAUUUGCAAUAGCCAAUAAAAGUUUCUUUAAUAGCAAGUGCCAAGAGUUUUUGUCCAGCCCUGCAACUGCUGAAACCAAACAAACACAUACACACACACUCACGCACGCACGCACAAAUACAGAGACAGACUCACAUAACGUGACUGCAUUAGUUUUGGACAAUUAACGGAAAGAAAGAGAAAAAAAAACAGCUGGACUUGCUAUUUUAGUUACUUUUGUGGCUGCUGAAAAUCAAUUCAUCCAAAAUUGUAACUAAAAUUAUUAGUUUUGCGUUAGAUAGCGAUGCUCAUUUACUUCACUUGAGUGCCCAAACGAAGCACGAGAACGCCAAUUCGAGAUGAUCAAACGCUUGGGCUACGCAGUUGCCGCCGUCCAACCCGGCUAGCUAGGUGGUCCAGGUUGACGGUGCCCAGUGGCCAAGGGUUUGAUUAAAUGUGAUUAUGAUUAACGUAAACGAUGGGUUGGCUCAUGGUUUCGUUGGUGCACCGCGUCUGCAUGAUUCGUUUGGGCACUUUGGGUUGUAGGAGUGGUCAUGGCUAUUCCUGAACUAUGGUUUUUAGUAGAACCGCCGGUACACGUGCUGCGAUUCAAGCCAACGCCCACGCAGUUAGUAGAUCCCUUGAAUGGCAUAAUCCAAAUGCAUCCGCCGCUCAGCAGUCGCCGGUGCUGGCUGUGCCAGCUGCGCAGCCAGUCAAGCUUCUGCCGGCGGAGAAUCCGCAGCAGAUGUCCAGUGCAGUCAAGGAAGAGCCUUCGGCUAAUACCAGCGAUGGCAGUGAGGCCAUCGAUACUAGCUCCACCAAUGACAACAAUGAGUUUAACAAUGCCAUCGAGUCCGACAAUGGUGGAAAAAUUCCAUUUAAGAAAAUAUUUCAGAAGCGCAAGAAGUCAUCGGAACGCACUCGCGAUAAGAAAUUGCGCCAAAAUCGACAGCUGCGCAAGUCUAUGUUGCCGAAGAACGCGCUAAUGGCCCUAAAUGAGGUAAAGGGCAUUAACAUUAGCGACUUUACCAUUAACAGCAAUCCGGAUGGCGGCUUCACGGCCAUAGUCACCGUAAAUACCAAGCAGUACGAGGGCAAGGGACCGUCGAAGAUGGCCGCCAAGAAUUUGGCUUGUGAGAAGGCCUUGCGCGAUUACAUCAUAGCCAAAAUGACGCCAAAGCCCAAGAAAGCGACAAAGCCGGCUGCCGAGGCCGAGGUGGAGGAUGACGCUGAGGGCGACGCUGAGCCCAUGGACACUGAGAACAGUGAAAAUCCGCCGGAGGAUGAAGUGCCGAUGUUAAACCUGGCUUCCUUCGCCAUUUACAAGCUAUUCGCCGAGUGGGAGCGUGAAGGUUAUGUUGUGCCCGAGAUGCAUCCAUCAGCUACAAACUCAUCGGCACCGCAAGCCGAUCAAAACUCUCCAAAUGCUGCGGCCGUUGUCAUCACACCAAAGGAGCCCAAGAAGCCACCCGUGCGCACCGAAUUGCCCAUGAAUUGGGAGAUAAUGCAUCCAGCUACAUUAUUAUGCGUGAUGCGUCCGGGGCUUUCGUAUAUAGACCAUGGCUCCUUCGGCGAAAAGCCGAACGUGCUUCAACGGUUGAGCGUCGUCGUAGACAACAAAGAGUUCACCGCCACCGGCCGGUCCAAGAAAAUAGCACGCCGGAAUGUGGCUGUACAUGUUUGCAACAAGUUGUUCAAUACAAAUUUCAUAUAUGAGGAGUAUUAGGCAGCUGUCUAUAUCUUAGCCGAAUCUUAGAAAUGUAAUUAUGUAAUAUGUCCCUACAACUUAUACUCGAUCACAAUGGAAUGAGAGUAUAUUAUUUUCCUGUAAUGUCUGUCCGUCCGCUGAUCAAAAGCUCAUACAAAUUUGAGUGAUACAGAAUCGGCAAUAUUUAUAUUUCCAAUAGUUUACGAGUUAAACUGACUAAAAAAUAAACUACUGACUCCUCCAAAUGUGAACCCAAGCCCAAUGUCAAAAUGUUGAAAGCUUAGAAAAUCAAGAGCUUUGAGCUGUUUUUGAACUGUGUACGAGUAUAAUGUGGUCGGUUGCAUCCGAUCCUAACAUUCUUACUUGUUAAUUGCUUGAAUAUACUUCUACAAUUUGACAUUAUAAUAAAAAAAAAUGCCCACAUGACUCUUACUAAGCGUGUGGUGCGUUUAUAAAUAUAGCAUAAAUACGAAUGUAUGUAUGUAGUUUUAUCAUUAUUUUUCUUAACUGUAAUAAAAAAC